AUCAGUCUGGUAUAAAUAAAGGAAAUCGCUGCACUUCACACACAUACACAUCUCAGAUCUCUGAAAUCCAAGAUCCAACAACCAGAAGCAUGGAAGGACAUCUUCUCGGAUGCUUUUUGCUCAUACACUUCGCAUCUGCUUACAGACAUCUAUCUAGAGAUGUUUGCCUUCUCCAACUGGACGAAGGAACGUGUUUGGAGGACGUGCCCCGUUUCCACUACGAUACACUCACUCAGAAGUGUACGCAGUUCAGCUACAGCGGCUGCGGGGGAAACGCCAACAACUUCAAGUCUUAUGAAGCGUGCCAUAAAACCUGCUACUCUAUUCCGAAAAUUCCCCAAGCCUGUCGCCUUCCAAAGGAAGGGGGUCUAUGCUUCGGCAUUUCCAAGCGCUAUUUUUUCAACAUGACCACGAUGCGUUGUGAAGAGUUCUCCUAUGGAGGCUGCGGUGGAAACAAUAACAACUUCCAAGAUCGCACUUCAUGCAUGGAAUACUGCAGGCCCUCAAAGUCUGGCCCUGUGAUUUGUCAUGGUGGCUUGGACAAAGGAACAGGCAAUGCCUCUUUCAUAAGAUACUUCUACAACUAUACCACAAACACGUGUAAUGAGUUUGAGUACACAGGAAGAGGAGGAAACAGCAACAAUUUUCUCUCCAUGAAAAGCUGCAUGUCAGUUUGUGAAAAACCAAAGCGAUCACUGAGAACACGCGGGCAAGCUACAAGAAUGUUUCGAAAAAGAAUAGAAUGAGUACCAGGCUUUGUUUCUCCAACUGGAUGUGCUAGUGUAUGCACACAUGCUUAAACUUUUUAUGCUCAGAAUAAUGUGAAUCCAUUGUACUACAAGUGAUCUUUGUAAUAUUUGACUACAGUAUGUAAUUUUAUAUAUGCAGAUAACUCAUACAUACAUGUUACAUUUUAUAUAUAUAUAUAUAUAAGCAGGCCACUUUUGGGAAUCAAAUCAUUAUUUAUAUAUCUAUUAUAUUUAUAUAUAAUAUAAAUAUAUAUUUAUAAUAUAUAUAAUAUAAAUAUAUAUUAUUUAUAUAUACAUAUUUGUUUUGUUUAAUAUUUGAAUCAUUUUGUAUUGUACAUUUUUCAGUAGUCUUUCAGUUUCUCUGUCAUAAGCCUGUGUGUGUAUGUAUGUAUGAUAUAUUUUUUUUUUACCAAAAUCCCAUAGAAGCAACAUUUGUAUACAUUCCUGUUAAAGGUGAAAUUGGCUUCCCUUGUUCCUUUUUAUCUUCUAGUGAAAUUUUAAGUCUGAAAUUAUAUUCAUUAGAAAUUUAUAAUUUGCCAUGUCCGCAGAUGAUGUAGCUAACUCUACUGUAGUAAUAGUUUCAGUAACAAUUAGUGAUUAGAAGUAAGAAUUAGAAUUAGAAUUUGAUCUGGCUAACACAAGUGAGUGAAGAUACACAAACAAUAAAAGAUAUCACUUUGGAUAUAUUAAAUAUAAACACUUUUGGAAUGCCUCUCAUCCAAUCAAAUUAGUGGUAACGACUUGCUAUGUAAUGUCUUGUAAGAAUACCCAUAUAAUCAAGAAUGGGAAAUACUUAAUUGUACUUUGUAACUACAAUUAAGUUUUAUUUUGUGGUAUUUAUUCUGUACUUGAGGAGCAUUAAAAUUAAACACCAGUAUUGACAUUAUUUAGAAUCUCUAAUUGUUUCAACCUUUAUUAGUUUGUCAGUUACAUUUUUUUUUUUACCUUUCAAUACCUGAGUACAUUAAAAUGUAGAAAUAUUUUCUUUCACUUGACUUGACUGGAGUCUGUACUUUCACAUGAGUCCUCAGUAAAUUUCUCAGUACUUCUUCCA